AGCCUGCGUCUAUGCGCGGGUAGGCUGGCUGGGCUGCACGCGGGCCAAAUCUACAUUGUGAUUGCCAUACAGUCUGGCAAGUUCGCUGCACAGUAAAUAUUUUGUAAUUUUCGCUCCGAUCCAUGUCAAAAAUGGCAGAUACACAGGACGACAAGCUCUACAAGGCUGAGUAUGCGAAAAGUGGACGCGCAUCUUGCAAGAAAUGCAAAGAAAACAUUGCGAAGGACUCAUUGCGAAUGGCUAUCAUGGUGCAGUCGCCCAUGUUCGACGGUAAGGUGCCGCACUGGCACCACUUCUCGUGCUUCUGGCAGCGGGCGGCGGUGCAGACGGCCGGCGACAUCUCGGGCUUCAGCGACCUGCGCUGGGAGGACCAGGAGAAGGUCAAGAAGGCCAUCGAGAGCGGCGGAGCCACGGGAGGGAAGGGCGAUCAGAAGGGGGGAGCCAAAGGGGAGAAGACGCUGAACGACUUCGCGGUGGAGUACGCCAAGUCCAACAGGAGCACCUGCAAGGGCUGCGAACAGAAGAUUGAAAAGGACCAGAUCCGCGUGUCCAAGAAGACGGUGGACGCGGAGAAGCCGCAGCUGGGCCUGAUUGACCGCUGGUACCACACGGCCUGCUUCGUGAGCCGGCGGCAGGAGCUGGCCUUCAAGGCCGAGUACAGUGCCGCGCAGCUCAAAGGCUUCGCCAACCUCAAGGCCGAGGACAAGGAGGAGCUCAAGAAGAGACUGCCCGCCGUCAAGAGUGAAGGGAAGAGGAAGGGCGAUGAGCCGGAUGGAGAGGGCGCUCCCAAGAAGAUGAAGAAGGAGGCCGAGGAAGAGGAGAAGAAGCUGGAGACGCAGCUCAAGGACCAGUCCCAGCUGAUCUGGGGCAUUAAGGACAAGCUGAAGAAGUACUGCUCCACCAACGACAUGAAGGAGCUGCUCAUUGCCAACGGGCAAGACGUGCCCUCGGGAGAGUCCAAUAUCGUGGACAGCCUGGCCGACUGCAUGGCGUUUGGCGCUCUGAAGCCGUGCGAGACGUGCCAGGGCCAGCUGGUGUUCAAGAGCGACGCGUACUACUGCAACGGUGACAUCUCCGCCUGGACCAAGUGUGUGUUCAGGACCCUCACACCCAACCGCAAGGACUGGCUCACGCCCAAAGAGUUUCACGAGGUGCCCUUCCUGAAGAAGUUCAAGUUUAAGCGGCAGGAUCGCGUCUACCCCAAAGAUGCCCCUCCUGCCCCUUCGGCCCCCACUGCCUCCGCAGGGGCUCCCAGCGCCCUCUCCAAAGCCCUGCCAGAGUCGCCCCCUGCAGAUAAGCCCCUGACGGGUCUGAAGCUGCUGGCCGUGGGGAAGCUGUCGAAGAACAAGGACGAUGUCAAGGCUGCAGUGGAGGACCUGGGGGGCAAGAUCACCGGGACGGCCAGCAAGGCCACGCUCUGCAUCAGCAGCAGGAAGGAGGUGGAGAAGAUGAGCAAAAAGAUGGAGGAGGUGAAGGAGGCGUGUGUGCGCGUGGUGUCGGAGGACUUCCUGACGGACAUCAAGUCCUCGGGCAAGGCCCUCCAGGAGCUCAUCUCCCUGCACGCUAUCUCCCCCUGGGGGGCUGAGGUCAAACUCGAGGCCCCGGCUCCGUCUGCGGCCUCCAAGUCCACCGGAGCCCCUGUGGCCAAGAGUGCAGGCAGGGUCAAGGAGGAGGAGGGGGGCAGUAAGUCUAAGACUAUGAAGCUGACGGUGAAGGGUGGAGCAGCGGUGGACCCAGACUCUGGGCUGGAGAACUGCGCUCAUGUGCUGGACCAGAAUGGGAAGAUCUACAGCGCCACCCUUGGCCUGGUGGACAUAGUGCGGGGAACCAACUCCUACUACAAGCUGCAGCUGCUGGAGGACGACGUGCAGAAGAGGUACUGGGUGUUCCGAUCAUGGGGGCGUGUUGGUACCACUAUUGGAGGAAAUAAGCUGGACAAGUUCUACGAUAAGAACUCUGCAAUGGACAACUUCCGCAACGUCUACGAGGAGAAGACCGGAAACUCAUGGACCUCCACCAACUUCACCAAGUACCCCAACAAGUUCUACCCCCUGGAGAUCGACUACGGCCAGGACGAGGAGGCGGUGAAGAAGCUGACGGCCAGUGCGGGCACCAAUUCUAAGCUGGCCAAGCCGGUCCAGGAGCUCAUCCGCACCAUCUUCGACGUGGAGAGCAUGAAGAAGGCCAUGGUGGAGUUUGAGAUCGACCUGCAGAAGAUGCCUCUGGGAAAGCUGAGCAAGAGACAGAUCCAGAACGCCUACGCACUCCUCAGCGAAGUCCAGCAGGCGGUCUCAGACAGUGCUUCAGAAUCCACCAUUUUGGAUCUAUCCAAUCGCUUCUACACUCUCAUCCCCCACGACUUUGGCAUGAAGAAGCCGCCUCUCCUCAACAACCUCGACUACAUCCAGGCCAAAGUCCAGAUGCUGGACAACCUCCUGGACAUCGAGGUGGCCUAUAGCCUGCUGCGUGGAGGGGCCGAGGACAACAAAAAGGACCCCAUCGACAUCAACUACGAGAAACUCAAAACAAAGAUCGAGGUUGUUGAUCAGUCUUCACAUGAAGCUCAGCUCAUCCAACAGUAUGUGAAGAACACACACGCGGCCACACACAACACCUACACUCUGGAGGUGGAGGAGAUCUUUAAGGUGGUGCGGGAGGGCGAGUACCAGCGCUUCCGUCCGUUCGAGGAGCUGCACAACCGCCAGCUGCUGUGGCACGGGUCACGCACCACCAACUACGCCGGCAUCCUGUCGCAGGGUCUGCGCAUCGCGCCACCCGAGGCUCCAGUGACGGGUUACAUGUUUGGUAAAGGUGUGUACUUCGCCGACAUGGUGUCCAAGAGCGCCAACUACUGCCACACCUCCCAGGCUGACCCGGUCGGUCUCAUUCUCCUGGCCGACGUCGCCCUCGGCAACAUGCAUGAGCUGAAGAAGGCAUCACACAUCACCAAAUUACCUAAGGGUAAACACAGUGUUAAAGGUGUUGGCCGAACUGCCCCGGACCCCAGUGCCACGGUGAAGCUGGAUGGGGUCGACGUGCCUUUGGGCAAAGGCUCCACCACCAACAUCGAGGACACCAGCCUGCUGUACAAUGAAUACAUUGUAUACGACGUCGCUCAGGUGAACCUCAAGUACCUGCUGAAGAUCCGUUUCAACUACCAGACGUCCCUGUGGUGAGGCCAGGGGUGACCUCACAUUUGACCUCUCACCUCUGACCUCAGCCCAUGGGAUGGGGAUCCUGUGGUCCUGGACAUCACCACUGGCCCACCACUGGGCCCUAAUCCAUUGACACACACACACCCACACACCCUUGCCAUCCCCAGGAACUGGAGGCAGGAAUUUACCAAAACACACUCACCUGCCCAUCCUGCUUUCUCAUUUGUGAUACUGUAUACUUGUACAUGGCUCAUAGCCGCUGCCGUUAGCUUUGGGUAGGCUUAGCAAGAUGGCCGCACGCCUCCCCUUACUUGCUGUGUUGGGAUCGCCCUCCGUUUAACCCAGGGGUAAAGGACCCUGUGGAGGACAAAGCUGCUUUCCCACUUAAAUGAUCUCAGAAGUUUGCUUGAUACAGUUGGGAAGAGCUAUUCCCAUCAAUUGUCAAGGCAACACGAGUCUUCCAUUUCUUUCCGUCUUCCGUCUCUCAACAAAGAGUUUUGUUUUUCUUAAUUUGUAAUAUCCUGUUAGGCUUUGGUAAAUUCAUAGGACACCACCUUACAACAAGGUUCAAACUGAGGUUUGAUAGUAUUUUGGUAGAAAAAAGGCAGUAUACUUUCAUUUGUUGUUAAGGAAGACAGCAACUCCAUUGGAUUUUUCCUGUAAAAUGCCAUGUGUUGAUAAUAUGUAUUUGAUACUAGGUAAUCUGAUCGGGCGGUAGUAACGUCUUUUUUUGUCUUUGCUCUGUUCCACUGCUGUUGUUUCUCUCUCCUUUGCUGUUGAAGUUGGCACAGUAAUAGAUUAAACAAGUAAGCAACGUUUUUGUUAGAUAAAAACUUAUAAUAAAAGACAACUGAGCAUUGUGAAAA